GUGGAAGAUUCGUAAAUGUUAUAAACACGUGGUUUUUUUCGUGCGUGUCGAUUUAUUGAAAGAAAUAUUAUUUAUUUAGAUAAAUUAUUGUAUAGUAUAAAAUGGGUAGAAAGGCAAAAUACGGUGAAUCUGUCGUUCCGAAAGGACCUGGCAAAAAAGCAAAAAAACAGGGUGAUCCUGUAUUUCCAAGAGGUUUAUUAGAUAAAACUGAUAAAACUGAUAAAAAACAAAAAUUUUCGCAAAAAAGAAAAUUUAAAAAAACGGAGUACCAAAAUAAAGGGUCAAAGUCUAAAAAACGUAAAACUGUAGAAAAAACAGAGUCAGAAGAUUUAUCAGAUUAUAAUUCUGAAGAAGAAGAAGUGACUGAAAAUAAUGAUCAAGUUAAUGGAUUUGGGUCUGAACCUGGAGCAUUUGUUCGUCGUAGACCAGAUAUCCUAGCGAGUGAUUCUGAGAAAGAAAGUGAUGAAGAAGAAACAGUUUUAGAAAAUGAAGCUGAUGAUAGUGACGACGAAUUGGAGAAAAAUGAACAUAGUGAUAUGAGUGAAAAGGAAGAAGAAGAAGACGAUAAUGAUGAUAAUAAUGAAGACGACGAUUUACUUCCAAUUGAAAGAGAAAAUAAAAAAUUAAAAAGAAAACAAAUCCAACAAGAAAUGCAAGAUAAAGCUGAAAUGGACGAAAGUAUUAAGCAAUGCGUUUUCGAAUUUCCUACGGAAGAAGAACUCAAGGAACCCAUAAGCCUAAAAGACAUUCAAAGUCGGAUUCGAGAUGUGGUUAUGGUUUUGAAUGAUUUUAAACGACUACGAGAUCCGGAAAGAUCUAGAUCUGAUUAUCUAGAAUUACUUCAAUCAGAUCUAUGUUCCUACUACAGUUAUAACUCAUUUCUUAUGGAAAAAUUACUACAAAUUUUCCCAUUAGGUGAACUUAUUGAAUAUCUAGAAGCUAGUGAAGUUUCCCGACCAAUGACUAUUCGUACAAAUAGUUUAAAAACUCGAAGAAGAGACUUAGCUCAAUCUUUAAUAAAUCGAGGAUUAAAUGUAGAUCCCAUAGGAAAAUGGACUAAAGUUGGCUUAGUUAUUUAUUCAUCUCAAGUUCCUGUGGGAGCAACACCUGAAUAUUUAGCAGGACAUUAUGUUCUUCAAGGAGCAUCGAGUUUACUUCCUGUAAUGGCAUUAGAUCCUCGAGAAAAUGAAAGAAUUCUUGAUAUGGCGGCUGCUCCAGGUGGAAAAGCUUCUCAUAUAGCUGCUUUAAUGAAAAAUACUGGAGUACUUUUUGCUAAUGAUGUGAAUCAAGAGAGGCUAAAAGCUGUAGUAGGCAAUUUUCAUCGUCUUGGUAUUGUUAAUUCAGUUAUUUGUAAUUAUGAUGGUAGGAAAAUUCCAGGAAUCAUUAAAGGAUUUGAUAGAGUACUUUUAGAUGCUCCUUGUACUGGUACUGGAGUUGUUGCUAAAGAUCCAAGUGUUAAAACCAAUAAGGAUCAAUCUGAUAUUCAAAGAUGUUGUACUUUGCAAAGAGAAUUACUUCUUGCUGCGAUUGAUUGCGUGAAUGCUAAGUCUGAUUCUGGUGGAAUUAUUGUCUAUUCAACAUGUUCUAUUCUUCCUGAAGAAAAUGAAUGGAUUAUUGAUUACGCCUUGAAGAAACGCGACGUUAAACUCGUGCCAACUGGGCUAGAUUUUGGAGAAGAAGGAUUUGUUAAUUAUAGGCAUCAUAGAUUCCAUCCUUCUUUAAAACUUACUCGCAGAUAUUAUCCUCAUGUUCAUAAUAUGGAUGGAUUUUUCGUAGCAAAAUUGAAGAAAUUCUCCAAUUUAAUUCCUACACAAAAUGGUAAAGAUGAUGCAGAAGAAGAGUAUGAAGCAGAAGAGAAAGUAGAAGAAAAAAAAAGUAAGAAAAAAUCGAAGAAUAAUAAAAAUGAAUGAUGGCUUGGAUAAUGAUUUAACAUUAAAGCUAUUCCAUUAUGAAAUUAAAUGGAAAAAUGCGAUAUCUGUAUUGCAAUGAGAUGUACAUUCUGUUAAAAUAAUCAAUUCAUACAUAUUUUUUAUCAUCUUAUUGAACA